GGAUACUAAGGACUUCACUGCCUUAAUCCAGAUUAUGGCUGACAAACUGUUUUUGGCAUACAGUUUUCGCUAGCACGGUGCCCUUCACCAGCUUCUCCAGGACUGUAGGAAAUUCCAUUUGCCGACUAGUUUAUUAUUUUCUUUCGUGGGGGUGUUUUUCCCUGUUUAUCAGUCGUAUUCCAGAUUUGUUGUUCAGUGUGCGAGGAGGGCAUUUUUGAGGGCAAAAGAAGACGAAAAUGGCUUUCCUAAUGAAAAGUAUGCUGAGCAACCAGGUGAAAAAUUUGGGACUUGGAGGAGGGGGUGAAGAAAAAACUGAGGAAGCCGCUCCUAGCGACCCAGCUGCUGCGGCCGGAAUGACCAGGGAAGAGUAUGAGGAGUACCAGAAGCAAGUCAUCGAAGAGAAAAUGGAAAGAGAUGCAGCCUUUACACAAAAAAAGGCUGAGAGGGCUGUCUUGAGGGUUCAUAUGCGAGAGAAAUACAGACUUCCAAAGAGUGAAUUGGAUGAGAAUCAAAUCCAGAUGGCUGGUGACGAUGUGGAUUUGCCAGAAGACCUCCAGAAAAUGGUGGCUGAAGAUCAAGUAGAAGAGGAAGACAAGGAUUCUAUUCUGGGACAGUUUCAGAACCUCCAAAAUAUGGACAUGGACACUAUCAAAGAGAAGGCCCAAGCUACUUUCACUGAUAUUAAGCAGGCAGCUGAAGAGAAGUGUUCUGUAAUGUAGUCAAGACUGUGACAAGAUCUGUGUACAGAUGCUCACUAGCCAUGUAUGGCUACUCCCACUGCUCACUUGCCAAUUUGUAUUUGUAUCAGAAGUGUUUCAGGGUUUCCUUUCCAAAUAAUGUACAACAAACAAACAAAUCAGAUGUAUCUACUGACAAGGAAGUGAUGGGAUUCCAAAACUGCAGACGAUGAGCUCAAAGCUCUAGCAGCACUUAAAAAAACAAC